ACGGCACGUCAUUUCUUCAAGAUUUUGGCUGCUCCCUUGCGUAAUCCGCCAUUCUACUUCCAAUCCCCACAAAUUCGGUCCUCAGAACAAGAUAAGAUUGAUUGGGACAUUCGCUAAUUUCAACCCCUGAAACCCCAAUUCUAUGGACUGCAAAUUUGUUGUUUCAGUUCCUCCAUGAUAACUUCAUCGCCGGAACUUGCCACAAGUCGGAAAUUUUCAUCAGUUGAGCUGCAUGAGUAGUCAAGUGAUUCCAUUGAGAAGGGAGAUUACGAGCUGCUUCAAGGCGGAAGCAGUGUAUUUUGAGUCGAAUCAAUCAUGGCUGUGGUUUUUGUUUCUCCAACGAAAAUGUUAUCGUCUUUGUCUCGUCGUCAAUACGAUUCUUAUAGAUAUUCUUCUACUACUAAAUUACAUGCUUCUCCUCGAAGUUUGAUCCCUCGUUUUCCUAAUUUAAGGCUGAACAAUCUCUAUACAAGAUGUUCUAUUACAAAUACCGAAGUCUUCAACGACAUUAUCACAGAAGAAGUUUGUCAUGAUUCUUCAUCUGAUGCAUCAAAUUGUUCGGUUCCCAUUCUCCAUCUUAAUGCUGAAAUUCAUGAUACUGAAUCAGCGAACUUACUGGUGGAGGGCACUUUUGUAGACAUGAUCUUGACAACAUUGCCGAUUCUUUCAGAGGAGGAGCAGGACGUCAUUGCUGCAAUGCCUGCUCAUCCAGCAGGAUUAUACGCAUUAUAUGCUAGUUGCCUAGCUGGGAACUUGGUGGAACAGCUAUGGAAUUUCGCUUGGCCUGCUGCUAUUGCAUUGCUUCAUCCAAGCCUUCUUCCAGUUGCGGUCAUGGGUUUCUGCACCAAGGUUGCUAUUAUUGCUGGAGGCCCAUUAGUUGGCAAACUUAUGGAUCUAUUUCCCCGUGUACCUGCAUAUAAUUUUUUGACCACUGUCCAGGCAGCUGCUCAACUGUUAUCAGCUGCGAUGAUAAUUCAAGCACAUAUGGCACAUGCCUCACUCGAAACCUCUGUACUCAUGCGUCCUUGGUUUAUCAUAUUAGUAGUAGCUGGGGCUGUUGAGAGGCUAUCUGGACUAGCUCUCGGGGUUGCAGUGGAACGUGAUUGGGUUGUUCUGUUAGCAGGAUCCAAUCGGCCAAUUGCUCUUGCUCAAGCGAAUGCUACUCUGAGUCGUAUUGAUCUCCUCUGUGAGAUUGCUGGAGCAUCUUUGUUUGGCAUUCUUUUAUCUAAAUACGAAACAGUAACGUGCUUGAAGCUUGCUGUUGCUUUGAUGAUGUGGUCAUUGCCUGUUGUGAUUGGUCUCACGUGGUUAACCAACAAGCUUUCGUCUGGUGUUCUUGACCGUGCUAAAUGCCCGCAAACAUGCUGCAGAACUUUCUCCGCAGGACCUGUGCCACAUGUUGAUAAUUUAGUGGAUGUCAGUAUAAAUGCUAUUAAAAAUGGAUGGGAUGAAUACAUGAAGCAGCCUGUUCUUCCCGCUAGCUUAGCCUAUGUACUUCUUUGCUUCAAUGUUGUUCUGGCCCCAGGUGGUUUAAUGACGGCAUUUCUAACACAACAUGGUUUAAGUCCAUCUUUAAUUGGAGGCUUCAGUUGCUUAUGUGCUUUGAUGGGUGUUGGAGCAACAUUCAUGUCUGCUCAAAUGGUCAAGAAACUUGGCAUUUUAAAGGCUGGGGCAGCUGGACUCAUAUUGCAAGCCUCACUUCUUACAAUGGCGGUUGCUGUGUAUUGGAGUGGAGCUCUUUCGCAGCAUACUGCACUUUUAUUCUUUCUUGGUUUUAUUGUGUUAUCAAGAUUGGGAAACAUGUCUUAUGAUGUGGUUGGAGCCCAGAUUCUACAAACUGGAAUCCCGCCUUCGAAAGCAAAUCUUAUCGGGGCAACAGAGGUUUCCAUUGCCAGUUUAGCAGAAUCAAUAAUCUUGGGUGUCGUUAUAAUUGCAAACGACAUUUCACAUUUUGGAUUCUUGGCGAUGCUUUCCCUUCUAUCGGUGGUGGGUGCAGCGUGGCUGUUCUGCCGAUGGUUAGCCAAUCCUACCGAUGUACAAAGAAGUCUUUUCUCUUUCUAACCCCCAAAAAUCUUUAUUCCACUGUAAGUAUUCCCAUUUUGGUAUUCUCAGUUUAGUUCAAAAAUCAUGAAAAAUAAGUUAAUAGUUUUUGGGGUUUAUAGAGUGAAAUCUUAGCAUAUGGUAGAUUAGAAGUUCUAUAAUAGAUCUAUUACUUGCUUUUGUUAAGAGUAUUUGUUGAGCACUAA